AUUCUGCUGUUGUCCCUUGCUGUUGCGAUGAGCAAUGCACUGGAAGAAAGACUCUUUUCUAUCGAAAACGAUCAGUUUAAAAUGGAUGGCAAGCCCUUCAGGAUCAUAUCCGGCAGCCUACACUACCACAGGAUACAUCCGGCGCAAUGGAAGGACAGGAUGCUGCGAACAAAGGCCCUGGGCCUCAAUACCCUGUCGGUGUACGUGCCCUGGAACCUGCACGAGCCCUUCCCAGGACAGUACAAUUGGGAUGGCUUUGCUGACCUGGAGGCUUACCUGGCGCUCGCUCAGGAGCAGGGCUUGUAUGUGCUGCUGCGCCCGGGGCCUUACAUCUGCGCUGAGUGGGACUUUGGAGGAUUUCCCUGGUGGCUCGCCUCCUCCAAGGCAGGCCUCUGCUCGACAUCUUCACACAGCGUCACCCUGCGCUCGGACGAUCCGGCGUAUCUGGAGUUGGUGGAUCGGUGGUGGAAAGUGCUGCUGCCCAAGAUCGGGCGCUUUCUGUACAGCCGUGGAGGGAACAUUCUCAUGGUGCAGGUGGAGAACGAGUUCGGCUUUGUGGGUCCCAAUGAGAAGUACAUGAGGCAUCUGGUGGGCACGGUGCGCGCAUCUCUGGGGGAUGACGCGCUCAUUUACACAACGGACCCGCCCCCAAACAUCGCCAAGGGGACGCUGCCCGGGGACGAGGUGCUCAGUGUGGUGGAUUUUGGCGCCGGCUGGUUCGAUCUGAACUGGGCUUUCUCACAGCAACGAGCCAUGAAUGCCCCUGGGAAGUCACCGCCCAUGUGCAGCGAGUUCUACACGGGUUGGCUGACGCGGUGGGGCGAGAAAAUGGCAAACACAUCCGUGGACCAGUUUCUGGACACGCUGCAUGGAGUGCUGGGUUUCGCAAACAACACCGGCUCUGUGAAUCUAUACAUGGUCCAUGGCGGCACCAACUUUGGCUUCACUGCAGGCGGUAGCAUCGACAAUGGCGUCUAUUGGGCAUGCAUUACGUCAUAUGACUACGAUGCGCCAAUCAGCGAGGCAGGCGACACCGGCCAGCCCGGCAUCGGGGGACCCAACAAAUUUGACCUCAUCCGUGAGGCAAUAACACAGCACACCGGUGCGGAGCCGCCAAAGCCGCCGCCACCGCCACGCAUAAAAGCCUAUGGAGAAGUUGGACUGUAUGAGAAUGUGACACUGCGGAGCCAGAUCAGGCGACUGUACCCGGGCGACGGCGUGACCUCCCGCCGCCCACUCAUCAUGGAGGAAUACGGCCAAUCGGGUGGCCUGAUAAUGUACCAGACAGAGAUUCCUGCAGCCGAGAUGAAGGCCAACUCGCUGCUGGACAUGGGGCAUCCGGUGCAUGAUGCAGCCACGGUGACAGUCGGCCGGCUGAGCCGCAACGGCCCCGUUAAUCUGACGCUGGACGCCGACUCAGCGCUGAGGUGGCGCUCAGUGGAGGAAGCUGCCGGAAGCUAUGCGGUGGCUUCCGCGGAAGCUUCCGUGACGCUGGAAGUCAUUGUGGAAGCUGUGGGGCGCUCCAACCAGGGGUGGCGCUUCGACACCAAGGGGCUGUCGUCCUCAGAUGUACAGUGGAACGGCAAGGUGCUGGAGGGGUGGAGGGUGUUCCCUCUCCCUCUGGACAACCUGGGCAGAUUGGUCUUCCAUGAUAAUGACAGCGCUACCGCGCACUCUUUAGCACCAGCAGAUGGAGGACCUGCCUUCUUCAGGGAUGAAGAGGGGCUGUUGCCAGACAGCUAUCUGUUUGUGGGCGACUGGGGCAAGGGACUGGCCUUUGUGAAUGGCUUCAACCUGGGCUGGUACUGGCCGUCAAAGGGGCCCGCCAACACCAUGUACGUGCCAGGCCCUGUGCUGCGGGCAGGAGUGAAUGAAGUUAUCAUGCUGGAAGUGGAA